GGACCGCGAGCAUGCAGACUGUAGGGAAGAAACUCGUAGUGCUCACCAUGCAGAUGCAGAGGAUCAUUAAAGCGUUUGUUUGCGUGUUCACAAUUGCUCCGUUGCUAUCAGGUGGCUGGACUUUGUCUGAAGUCAUCCCUGACAUGACAAAGUUUCUGAAUACAAGCGAUCCCAUAUGGUCAUACAUGACGACAUCGACGAGGAGAGACUAUGACUGCAAGGUGGAUAUCAUUGACAGUAUACAGGGCACAAAAGUGCUUUUUCGGAGAUUUCUCGGUUAUCGAAAAUUUAUAAUGAGUAGCACCAUCAGGGCAAAGACAGCACAGAAAAAGAGCGACGAAAGCAACAAAGGGUGCAAGGGCGUCAAGGAAGCUUCGCUUUGA